AUCGUCAGGGGCUUCGAGGGGGAACGGCGGUGAUGGUGGUGGCCGGUCGACUUCAUCGAAUCACGCCGGUUCGAGUGGUGGCAGCGGCGGCGGAGGAAGCAUGGUUAGUGACGGUGGUGGCACCGUUGAUCAUCGGCCGGGAGGAGGAGGAGGGACAAGUGACGCGAACGUGCUGGAGGAGGAAGAUCGACAACAGUUUGCCAUGGAUACCGAUUCUAGUCAAGAGGAAUGUGAUAAAGAAGGCGACGAGAAGGGGUUGGCGUCAUCGCAACAUCGGACCACCGUCCCCAUCGAAGGAGCACCGCCACCCGAGGUGCUCAUAUCGUUGUCCACUCGUGCACAGCAUUCACCUCCAUUGCCAGUACUACCACCACCGUCGUCACCACCACAAGUUCCUUCUAGCAUGGGUCGCCUCAAUCGAUCACUCAGUUUACUCAAUGGCGGUGGCGAGCCAGUUACUGUACGGCAGUGUGGCUUAGCUCGUCGUGUACUCUCUUGUCGAAAGUCAAAGAAGGAUCCUUCGAAGCCAGCGAAGGGAAACCACAAACGAAGUUCGUCUUCCGUUAGCUGUAGCAAAACCACCGUGUCCGUUACUGGUUCCCUCGGCAUCGGCACUGCUGGCGGUGGUUGCAAGAGCAAAAGGAAAGCCUCCCUGAACGGUGGAUUACCAACCGAUGAUGACGAUCAUUGUCCGUUGGUGCGGUUAAAGAAGCGCUUAACCUGUUUCAUGUCAGCGAUCGUCUCGCCUAGCUCAUCCAGCAAUAACACCGCCAACUCCCCAACCACUCUGCCACCCUUGGCUAUCGAUCCGAUGGCAGUGGAUGCUAGGGAAGCUUCCCUUUUGUCGCAGUCACAACCCGAAGAGGAGCGGUGCCACGAUGGUAGCGACAAUGGCAGCACCACAACAGGAGUACCUCUAUCGUUGAGUUCCAAAUUAUGACAUUCGUCGCUAAAGUGCCGCACAAUAGCAGCGCAUCAAUGAUGAGGAGGAUGGCCUGCCCACCUCCCUCAAAACCCAGUCGAUCUAUCGAAUCUAAGCAGUAGGCGCAGCAGGUGCAACGUGCGUGCGUGCGUGCGUGUAUGUGUGGCGACACUUCAUUCCCCCCGAUCGAAGGAGGUCAACAAGAGAGUGGAUCGAAUCUUAAAACCAAAAGCAACCAAGGCACAAAACAGUAGCCUAUGCGGCAUUUCCUUCCGUGCUUCCUAUUCGGUGGAUUUGAUCCUGUCCCAAAGGCCGCCGAUGUCCCUACCCUACCAAAAAUCCGUUCGUGCGUGUGGUCCGUCUAUCGGUGUGUCUUAUACUGUGUAUAAGACCGGUGGCGGGCUUCACGUCCACCGAGGCCAAGCUCGGUCGGCUCUCCAAUCACGGCCUACACACGGCCUGUAGCUGUGUCUGAGAUGCGACGAACAAUCAACAGGCGAGAGAGAGAGAGAGACCGACCAGAAUCCGUUGAAUAAUGAGAAGAAGUAAAGUGUUUGUUAGAGGUUUUAUUAUGGUACGACUAUAACGUUUUAAUAAAAUAAUGCAGAAUGUGCGAUAUUUCAUUUCA